AUGAAGCAAUCCGAGAUGAAUGAUGAGAUUAAGAGAUUGGCUGGAUUCCCACCUCUCGUCACCAUUCUCAGGCUAAUGAUUGGACCUAUGUGUUCCCAAGUGACAAGUACUUUAUACGGCAUUAUUAAUACAAUUUGGGUUUCAAAAUAUGUUGGAGAGGUUGGCAUGGCAUCAGUGGCUCUCGAUAUUGCAUGGGAAGGUAUAGCAAGAUCGUUCGACUUGUUCUUAUUGACAUCUGGCAGUACACAGAUCGCUGCUUUAUUUGGCAAAAAUCAAUCUGAAGAAUGCGGACAAGUUAUAUGUGAUUUAUUGCGAACAGCUCUCAUUUUCGGUUGUAUUGUUCCUGCAAUACUUCUUCCUAUCAACAAACCUUUGAGUAGAUGGUUCGGAGCAAACCCUGAAACAAUUCAAGGAGCUUAUGAUUAUAUGCUACCACAAUGCGUAGGAAAUGUAUUUACUUGCAUCUUUCUUGCAUGUUGCGGCUUCCUUCAGGCAGAAGGUCGUACUUUACUUGUCGGAAUUAUUGAUCUUGUCUGUUUAGGCAUCGGAAUGGGAGUUUUGAAUCCAAUAUUCUUAGGUGUAUUCAAGUUCGGUGUUAUGGGACCUGCAAUUAGUACAAUUAUUGCAGAUGGAGUUCCAGGAAUACUUUUGACCAUUCUAUUCUUUAGCGGUAAGUUCGGUGUCAAGCCAAAACUUAGUGGCUUCUUGAAGCCAUUCUCAUAG